GUCUUUCCUCUUCUCUCCUUCUAUUUUUUUUUUCCUUCUUCACAGUAGAGCCUUUUGCUUUCUCUUCCCUCCCAUUCUUCUUUUUUUCCCUCCUUCAUCCUUCCUCCUCAUCUCUGACCUAAUCUUCUGAUCGUAUCACCAGUUUCACCACUAAAUCUGCAAAAUCUCAGUGAUCUGUGUGUUUUCUCGACUCGUCUUCUUCGAUUCUGUAAGAUCGAUCUGUUUCUAGGAGUACUGGCUAAUUUCUGCUGAUCACUUCACUUGAUUUGGAGGAGGAGGAGGAGGAGAAAGAGAUAUUACGACCUAAGUAGCUAGAUAUAUACAUAUCUUGAGAGAUCGAUCGUAUUCGUAGGUAUAUAUUUGAUUAAUUUAGUGCGCGAAGUGAGUAUAGUUGUAUAUUGAGAUCAAGAUGAUGACGACGGUGACGGCGGCGGCGGCGGCGGGGACCACUCCGGCGGCUGCGGCUCCGGGGGGAAAUAUAGGAGGAAGUGGAGGUGGAGGUGGAGGUGGAGGACAAUUUGGGGAUACGACGUACACGAAGGUGUUUGUAGGGGGUUUGGCGUGGGAGACGCAGAAAGAGACUAUGAAGAAGUACUUUGAGCAGUUUGGAGACAUAUUGGAGGCCGUCGUCAUCACCGACAAGUCCACAGGCAGAUCCAAAGGCUAUGGAUUUGUGACAUUUCGUGAACCGGAAGCGGCGAUGAGAGCUUGCGUGGAUGCAGCGCCGGUGAUCGAUGGGAGGAGGGCGAACUGCAAUCUUGCUUCGCUGGGUGCUCAAAGUCAAAGAUCUAAACCUUCUACCCCUAAACAUGCCGGAGGAGGAGGAGGAGGGGCAAGGAACUUUAGGGUAAUGGGGGGAUCUUUUCAGACGACAGCUGGGUUUCAAGGAGCAGUGGGAGCUGCUUUUCCUUCAGCAGCAGCAGCUGCAACCUUCCCUCAUUAUGCCAUCCAGCAAGGGAUACCUUACAACCUCUACGGGUACUCCCCAUACUCGCCAGACUACAGUGCCUACCCUGCGAGCUACUACAGUGUAUAUGGAGGAUCUAACGCCCAAUAUCCCGUGUACGGGGCCGGCGGAGCCGGGGGGAUGAUGAGCGGUGCAACAGCUGCCGCCUUCUACCCGUAUAUACAGUUUGGGGAGGGCAGCGCCGGAGCGGGCAGCUACACUGCCGCCAGCGGGCAGAGCUACGGAGUCCACUACCCUCACCACCAUCACCACCACCACCUCUUUCAGUACUCCACCGCCAUUAAUUCAACUACUGGCGGGGCAUACCCCCAACACUAUGCUCAUGCUCCUAUGUCUCUUGCUCCAACUCCUCCCUUGCAAUCAGUGUGUUUUGCCGUGCCACAGGCGUGACCAUGGCCAUUCAUGCUCCGAUACCUCAUCGUUAGAAGAUUCAUCAUCGUAAGCUGCCCACCAUCCACUCUCUCAUCAUCAGCAAUCCCUCUCAUCAAGUCUGAACACCCUUUGGCCUAACCAUGGUUCUGUCUCUCUCUCUUUCUUCUCUCUCUCUCUCUCUCUCUCUCUAACACAUAAGCCCAAGCACAUGCUUGGCAUGCGUUUGGGCAUGGUGGCCCCCCAUAGGGGCUCAAAUGAUCUCCACUCCCAACUGUGUGGAGAACCAUCCAUGCAUAUAUUCUCCCCAUUGCAUUAUUAAUUAAUGCAUCUCUUGGGAAAAAAGGGUUCCUUCAAGAGAGCCAAAGCAUGCAUCAUCUGUAUCAUCUCAUCAUCUAAUGAUCAUCACCAACUUAAAGCUAUUUGUCAUUAGCUAAGUUGGGAACAGUUCACCUUAGCCCAGGAAAGGCUAAAGGAGAAGAAAAAAAAAACAUUUGCUUUUAGCCUAGAAAAAGGCUAAUUGUAAGCAAGAAAAUUCCCAUAACACGACUUGCAAACAAUGUAUAAAUUCAAACAACACAAUUAGCAAGUCCCCUCACCUUGAAUACUUGUCUUUGUACUGCUAAUCCCUCCAACUUUAGGUAAUUAAUUGCAUGCCUUUAAAUCUAGAGGCAGUUCAGUUUUAGGAAAUCAAGGGCAUGGGAUGCCCUAGUGGUUUUCUUUUUGGGGUAACAUGAGUUCUAGUUUUUAUUAAGGUUUUAAAUCUAGGAUGAGAAGUAAUGUCCCUUUAAAUCAUUACCAACUUUACUUUUUAACCUAUCUCACAUUUUCUGUCUAAUCAACCAACUGCUUCCCUUAGGGUAAGGGGAGAGACAAUCACACUAACCCCUUUUGUUCUUUGUUUGUAUUUUUUUUUUCCCUGUACAUUCGUUAAUUAUGUCUCAACUGCAGGAGUUUUGGCUAAGUCUCAUUACACAUAGGGUAGGGAGGGAUAGUGUUUUUUUUUUCUUUUUUUUUUUUCUCUUUUCUGCAUGUAACUUCUUAGCAUAUUUCACCAUCUUGGGAGCUCCAUUAAUGGCUGUGGAGCUCCAAUGCAUCUGAACCCUAGGGAGAUAUUUUGGGUCUCUUGGGUUCUUCUCUUAACUCCUCAACCAUGGUUAGGACUUAGGUCAUCCUCAUCUUCAUUGAUCUCUCUCUUUCUCUCCUCUUCUCUUCUCUUCUCUCUCUCUCUCUCUCUCUCUCUCUCUCUCUCUCCAACUUUUACUUUGAAACAUUGAUAUACUCUCUAUGUAUUAAGACUAUGGCUUGGAUUGUAACUGGGGAUAUUGAUGCCUAGCUAGAGCAUUCUCCAAUCCAUGUUGGUUUGAGAAUGGCUGCACUACUUACUGCUAUGCUUAAGUAAAAUUAGAGACUAUUUUUCGUAUCA